AUGAGAAUAUAUCUAGUGAGACAUGGGGAGACAGUUCAUAAUGUAGCGCAAGCUUGGGCCGGAGCAACCGAUUCAGCCCUCACAAACCAUGGCAUGUUGCAAAUUGAAUGCCUUGCGCAACAUUUCAUGAAAAAGUCGAUCCGCCUUGAUUGGGUGUUCGCAUCGGACCUCAGUCGAGCACGCAUUACCGCCGAGGGCAUCUGCCGUCUGCAACCUCCAACACCUGACGGGGUGCCUUUAUGCCCGGUUUUGACGCGAGAGCUGAGAGAGCGAGACUUCGGGUCAUUAGAAGGACUCCGUUGGCAGCCUGCUUCCUUCAAUUCCGGGAGUACUAGCGCAUCUUCUGGAUCUUCGAGUGAUGGCGCUACCGCAACACACGUGGACAAGGAGUCCACUGUUUCAAUGAGACAACGAGCGAACUCAUUUUUGCAUAGUCAUUUCUUGCCGGUUGUGUUUGACAGCGGAUGUCUACAUCCAAAUAUUGCUAUUGUGGCUCACGGUAUUAUUCUUCGAGUGUUGUGGAACUGCCUUGUCGAAUUGUUCGAUCCGAUGAACAUUUCUCUUCUUCCCGGGGUUGCCACAUGGAAUGGCGGGCCAGCUGCUCUAAUUUCUCCAAGCUGGUCUAAUACAGGCGUCAUGGAAUUGUUGAUUCAGCGAAACUCUGGAAUGCAGCCACCACAGGACGUGGGAUCUCAUGUACCGCAGGCAGCUCUAAGUUCUGCAAUAGAGGCGACCCCGAGUCCCAAGUCUACCCAGGAAGAGUAUCUGCAAAAUACCCUUUUGCACGGGUGGUCCAUGUCGAUCCAGGCCAUUGAUAACAAAGCUCACCUUUCUGGCCUGCGCCGGACUCGUGGUGGUAUUGGAAGCGCUUCACAUGAUACGAAACAGAAAAAGAUCGAUCAAUUUUUUAAAUGA